AUGCGUUCAGCGAUGCAGCCUUUGCUGCUUCUCGCCGCCGCAGCUGUUUGCUCUGCCGGUCCGCUACCAAGAGACAAUCUUCAUGAUGUUGGUUACUCAUACUUGAUGCGCCGAGAAUGCGACUCAUACUGCGGCUCCGAUAACCAAUACUGCUGUGGCUCUGACGAGACAUGCGAAGUCUCCAACGGAGUCGCAAAAUGUGUCGGUGGAAAGGGAGGCUGGGUCGGCGACUACACCACCACCUGGACAGAGACAAGAACAUACACCAGCACAAUCAUGACCCGCUGGGAGCCUGCGCCAGAACCUACAAAGGGCGUUGACUGUGUUCCCAAAAACGACGAACAGGAAGAAUGCGGUGAGAUCUGCUGCGCUGGCUGGCAGACUUGCGCCUACAAGGGUCAGUGCUCGGCAAAGCCUGGUUACGACGAACCCACCGCCGUUGUUAUCACUAGCGACGGAAAGCUCACCACUCAAUACUCGGCACCCUACCGAGUCACUGGUACCACCACUAUCGUCAACAGCGGUGCACCUACCGAGAGUGAUGAAGGUACCGCGACUGCGACUGACGCAGAAGCCACGGCCACUGAGACCAGCGAUGAGGCUGCAGCCGGUGCCACUGGUACUGGUGGUGGAGGUUUGAGUGCUGGUGCGAUCGCUGGUAUCGUCAUCGGUGUUAUUGCUGGUGUAGCUCUUCUCCUGCUUCUCUGCUUCUGUUGCAUUGCCCGAGGUCUCUGGGUUGCCCUUUUCGGCAAGAAGGACAAGGACAAGGAGAGCCGUGAGCGAGUCGACGUCUACGAGGAGCGAUACUCCCGACACGGAAGCCGGCCUCCUGCUUCUGCUUCUGCCCACUCCCGCCGACCUCGACACAAGGGUUGGUUCGGUUUCGGUCGCAAAGGUGGUUCCCCUUCUGCGGCCGGCGACCGUCGUGAGAAGGAGAAGAACUCCGACGGCAAGAAGUGGCUCGGUAUUGCUGGUCUCGCGGCCACGCUCCUGGCUCUCCUCAACCUUAAGAAGGACAAGAGGCCUGCCAGCACCAAGCCUGCGCGAUCAUCCCGUGGAUCCUCAAGGUCGCGAUACAGCGAUUCUUACUACUCAUACAGCGACUACACAAGUCCCACUCAAGCUCCGGCGGACGAACAAACCGCACUCGUCGCACAAGAGACAGUCGAGCAGCAAGUCGACCAAGGUCGUACUACUCUCGUGACAGCCGGCGAUGAAACAUCUAAAUCCCCGUUUCUCGCCCAUUCCAUCUCAUUCGUCUCACAUAUACAUCCCGUUCUGUACAUGACUCCUCAUCUGACAUGA